GUGCCUAAUUCCUGGGACAACCCUUUGGGAGAUAUAAAAGUCCAGCAUUCCCUGUCCAUCCUUCACUCAGCAUCAGCUCCCCGUGCUCUUCCUCUUGCUCCAGCCAAGGCUCUGCCAGAACUCCAGGAAGAUGUGCUCCCGCGGGUCCCGCCACGACUACGAGUCCUCCUGCCACGGCUCCCGCUCCUCCUGCCACAGAUCCUGGUUCUCCUGCCUCAGAUCCCGCUCCUCCUGCCACGAGCCGGAGCCCUCCUGCCACUACAUCCAGAGGCAGCCAGUGCAGAAAUGCACCUACGUGACGCCCUGCUGUCCCCCCGUGCAGCGCUAUUGUCCCCCUGUCCCCUGCUGUCCCCCUGUCCCCUACUGUUCCCAGGUCCCCUGCUGUCCCCAGGUCCCCUACUGCCCCCAGUACACCAAGAACAUCUGGACCCUGCCACCGGCAUGUCCCAAGUAUUGAACAGGAUCCAGUCCCGGCAGCUGGAGCCACCGGCUCCUCCCUUGGACGCUCCGACCUCGGCUCGUCUCAUCCACGCUGAAAUCCCUGGGUCUCUGCCAUGUGGGAUCCUGGUGGGGAUGAAAUGCUCCCCUAAUUAAUAUUCAUGGUGUCAUUCUUGCUAAUUAUUUGGGAAAUGUCCUUUCUAAUUAUUUCUGGCAUCGUUACUUUGUUGGGAAUCUUUCUCUGUCUUGCACUUCUGUUUCAGACUCGUCUGGGUGUGGGAAACAAUAAAUCUGAUUCAUGAGA